AAAGCCCUGCUAACAACUGUUUUGGUGGCUCAUUCAAAAUGGAGUAGAUGGUGGUUGUUAUUUCCAGUUCUUUUAGUAUAUAAGUAUAAUUGUAUUUAUUUAAAUACGGUAUUACGCAAAACUAUUUAUAUUUCACAGACAUUAUGACAGAGGAGAAUAAAUCGGAUUCGUUCCAUUUCUUUUCAAGCUAUGACGAUUUGAGCGACAGCAGUGAUAGCAAUUCUGACGAAGAGGACGAACGAGUAAAGAAAUCCAAAGAUGCAUUGGGGGGAGAUGCUUCGUCAAGCGGGGGCAAGUCUUUGAAACAGUCCGCGAAACGAGAGGCCAGUGUCCCCUUACCAAAGCCAGACGAACUAUUCAAAUCGGUUUCGAAGCCUGCUUUUCUUUACAAUCCACUAAAUAAGCAAAUAGACUGGGAAAGUCGUGCGGUGAAAGCCCCAGAAGAGCCGGCCAGAGAAUUUAAACCCUGGAAGGCCAAUGCAGUCCCCCCUCCCCAUUCAUGUGCAUCAGAGCCAGAGAGGAAGAAAGGAGCUCCGCCUGGGAUGGACAUGGCCAUAAAGUGGUCCAAUGUUUAUGAGGACAACGGGGAUGACGCACCACAGCCUUUUACAGGCAAUGCCCGGUUCCUGCCAGAUGAGGAACAAGCCCCUGAUUCAGAUGAGGAUACAGAGGCUGGCUCUGCCUCCGCCAAGAAGCGGCGUGUGGAGACCUUCCAGCAGAAGGAAAAGAGGAAGAGGGACCUAGGUCAGGCAACCUCCGACAAGAGUUUUGUGGAGGAGGAGAAGAGAAUUCUCAGGCAGAAGGUCGAGUAAGGCCACAGUCCCCAGGACAUUAGCGACCUGACUCUGGUUCACAAGCUAAAUCUGACUAUUUUAUUUCAGUUUGCAAAAUUAACUUUCUGGAUGCAACAGUGUCUGAUGUUUUUUAAAUUGCCAACAUCCUAGUCAUUGUAACAUUUAAGUUCUUAAAAUACAUUAUCAAAGGUUUGUACAUACAUGCGUGAAAUAGAUGUUGCGUUGGUCAGCUUUAUUUUACUUUUCCCUUUAUAGAUGUUAAAAAUACAAUUAUGGAUUUGGUAAAUAAACAUGUUAUAUAUAUUC